CCGAACAACAGUGGGCCAGCCGUCGUCGCGGCCCCGUCUCAUUAUCUCGUGUAGAUAGAAUGCGUGACGUUAAAUAUACUUCUUCUUCCGGUCAGACGAGAGUCGAGCUUGUGCUGUCACCUUCUCAACCGGGAAACAUCCCGCGUGCCCCCUCACCGACGUCGAAAUGUGGCUGCUACCCACUAGGUAGGUACUGUCCCCUUCCAGUCGCCUCGCCUCGCCCUUCGCAGCCGAUUCCCCACAUACACACGGUGACUGAACCCCUCUCCAUCGCCCGCCUCCUCCAGCUUCGUGCGCAGCCAGAUGGUGUACGCAGCCAGAUGGCGCGUCUGGCGAAUGGGAUCCGGGAGACCCGCAACGUGCCCUGCCCUGGAGGAGCCGGACCGGGGUGGCCGGGCCCAGCACGCGAAGUCCGACGCUGCGACCUCCCUAGUUCGGCGUCGUCGUCCCUCGCCUCAAUGCCCUCUAAGGGCAACAGGGCGUAGUCGAGGCGGGCUGGCCCGCGAAGUAGCUGCACCUGCCGCUGCAGGUCCCAAUAUCGCAUCCUGACGCUAUGCCGCUACCGGAUCUCGGAAUCGCGAGCCGCGACGGGGUAUUUAAGCUGCCCGCCGACGCCAUCAGCGCGAGAGGAUUCUCGCUUCUUCGUCGCACGCCCGCUUUUCGCGACUUACACUCGCUCUAAUUUUGCCACUGAGCGGACCCAUCCUCGUCGGCCAUCUUCGCUGCCCACCAUGAUCGCGCUGCUCCUCGCCACAGUCUCCCUGGCCGCGAGCGCCCUGGGCGCCUCCCUGCGGUACCAGAAGCCGCAGCCCGUGAACACGACGACGUGCAAUGGCGUCAAGUACGAGUACCACGAGCUCGCUGGCUAUGGGCUCGUCGUCUCCGACGCAAUCGACAAGUUCGGCGACACCCUCGGCGGACUCGGCUCGGCUAUCCACAUAGACCGAAGCACGUGGAAGAGGCUCGACAAUGGGAGCUACUCGGGCGUGCUAUGGGCCCUUCCCGAUCGCGGAUGGAACACUCAAGGGACCUUGAACUUCAACCCCCGAGUCCACAAGUUCAACAUCGUCUUCACCCCCCAGCCCAAGGCGACCGUCGAGAACCCGUCGGGCCCGAACUUAUCCUUUGAGUACCUAGACACCAUCGCUUUCACCGGGCCCGACGGCACGCCCUGCACGGGACUCGACGCCGACGGUAGCGGGCACAUCUCUUUUCCCGGCUUCCCCGAACUGCCCGCCGCGACCUACACCGGCGACGGUUUCGGCGGAGAGGGACCAGGCGGCAAGCGCAUCUCGGUGGAUGCUGAAGGCCUCUACGUGAAUGACGACGGCUCGUUCUGGGUCUCUGACGAAUACGGCCCGUACAUCUACCUAUUCGACGCCGAGGGCAAGAUGCUCACCGCGAUCAAGCCCAACGACGCCAUCGUGCCCUUCCGCAACGGCACGCUCUCUUUCUCCGCCAACAGCCCGCCCCACUACAUCAACAACGGCCAGGGCGACAGCGUCAACCCCCAGGACCCCGAGAGCGGCCGCGACAACAACCACGGCUUUGAAGGGCUCAGCGUUUCGGAGGACGGCAAGACGCUGUGGGUAUUGCUGCAGGCCGCGACCGUGCAGGAGGGCGGCCUCGAGAAGCAGACGCAGCGGUACACGCGGUUCCUGAAGUACGACGUGGCGGAGCGGCUGGCGCCGGCGUACGCGGGGGAGUGGGUGGUGCCGCUGCCGCUGUUCCGGGACCCGGAGGCGAAGCCGUCGAAGAACCCGAAGGCGGCGGCGCAGUCGGCGCUGCACGCGCUGCCGAACGGCCAGUUCCUCGUGCUCGCGCGCGACUCCAACGCCGGCCGCGGCGCCGCCGCCGCGCUCUCCGUCUACCGCCAGAUCGACGUCGUCGACGUCGCCCGCGCCACCGACCUCCGCGCCGCCGCCGGCCGCUACGACUGCGCCGCCUGCGCCGUCGCCGACCCCGCCACCGGCGCCCUCGACCCCGCCGUCGUCCCCGCCGACUACUGCCCCUUCCUCGACUUCAACGUCGACGCCCAGCUCAACCGCUUCCGCCUCCACAACGGCGGCGACCAGGACAGCGGCCUGCUGAACGAGAAGUGGGAGUCCAUCGCGGUUGUGCCCGCCGACCCGGCCCGCCCCAACGGCGAGGUCUUCGUCUUCAGCCUCAGCGACAACGACUUCAUCACCCAGAACGGGUUCAUGAACGGCGGCAGGUUCCGCUACGCCGACGAGAGCGGCUACAGCCUCGACAGCCAGGCCCUCGUGUUCAAGGUCCGCAUCUCGCAAUAAGCGCGCAGGGCCGUGCGCUUGGGGAUCCCGUAGCGAGUACAGAGACCGGGCUAGCACCUGCGGCGACCGAUCGGCAGGAACUGCGCUCCGUGUACAGAAUAUAUAUAUAAUGGGAACGAACGUGUACUAUACUAUACAGUUUAUUAUACCCAUCAAACCACCAUCCGUUCAAAUUUCCGUAUGUACCUACCAGAAUAUGCAGCUUUACGCAUAGAAUCCCACGGUUGACAGCCAUAUGCCGCCCACACCACAGCACUACGAACGAUAUACAAGUAGAGAGUAUUCGUACGAUCGAGCAUACGUAAAUGCUCAAGAAAGAUAUACACACCUGGGGGCCUAACCCUGCUUCUCCCAGCUCCCUCGCCCCGGCUUAGCGCCGGCCCACCAUCUCCUCGUAGUCCGGCAGGUCCCAGCCCUGGACCCGCUUCUCGCGGAGGACGUGAUGGAAGAAGUCGAGCCGGAAGUACGACGCCAGGCCCAACACCGCGUGCAUGAUGCCGACGCCGAGCGCCAACGAAGGCAGCAUGUUCCACACGCUGGCGUCUUCCGCGACCCCCCGCGUCACCUUGUCGACGUACGGGCGGAACGUGCGCUCGUACGCGGCGAGCGCGGCCUCGAGGCCGUCAGCGCCCGCGGCGUUGUCGUCGUCGUCGUGCUCCCCCCGGCCGCAGUGCCGCCCGAUUUCGCCCGCCAGGACGUACGCGCCGACGACGCCGCACGUCGUGCCCAUGCCCGUGUUGGCCG